GUAACCUUGGAAACCUUUUUUUUUUUUUUUUUUGCCUAGGUACAAGUACAUUGGGUACACUAGGCACAUAUUUUAUGUUUCAAGGCGGCGCCAGACCAAAACAUCUUUCCGUGUUACAUCAUCUCUUUAAAUUUUCCUUUUCCUUUCGCGAUCAUUUCAUUUUUUCUUAACACGGGUUGUAUAUGUUAAGGACAAAGAUAUCGUCUACUAUUUUCCAUUUGAGAUCGGGUCUUUACUAAAUAACUAAAUAUACAAGUCUUUUAUUUUACAUAUCUAUUUCAUAUACUUUCAUAUACUCGAGGUACCUACCUACCUAGGUAACCACCAUCUUGAGACACAGUGAACAAUCCAAGUUACGAGGUUUCUUGGCAGCGAUCCGGUUACACCAUCACCAUUUCUCUUUGUCCACCACGUACGGGAUGGCGCCUCCCACGGGGCCUCUGAACCUCGAUGUUGAAGCCAUAUCGGGUAUCUGCGGCUCCAUCUCCAUCGCAGCUUGGGUCGUAGUCUUUUCUCCCCAGAUCGUGGAGAAUUUUCGACGAGGCUCCGCCAAUGGUCUAUCGGUUCCCUUUAUCAUCCUCUGGCUCCUUGGUGAUGUCUUCAACAUACUCGGCGCCGUUCUCCAGGGGGUCCUACCGACAAUGCUUAUCCUAGCCAUCUACUACACCAUAGCCGACUUCGUAUUGUUAGCUCAAUGCUUCUACUAUAAGGGCUUCACCUGGAAGGACGAAAUCCCACAAACCAAGCCAAAACCGCAGAAUGGCCUCGCUGUCGGCGAGCCCACUGAGAGAACUGGGCUGUUGAACGGUCAUCUGGAAGAAAGGGAAAGGAGGGGUAGUGGAUGGUCUCACUUGAGUCCCGCCGUGCCAUUAGUGUCCGAGCCACCCGCUACACCUCCACCCACGCCAACAAGGUUGCAAGCGGUAGUCUGGAAUUCAGUAGCUGUCUUCAUGGUAUGCGCGGCUGGUAUAAUUGGCUGGUUCCUUAGUCGACAGUACUCAGACGGCCAUUCCACCUCGCCUGCCGACGAAGGUAUUCCUUCAUUCGACGUCUGGGGUCAAAUAUUCGGCUGGUUUUGCGCUGCUCUUUACCUAGGAUCACGCCUUCCUCAACUGCUGCUUAAUUGGCGUCGCAAGUCGACCGAAGGCGUUAGCAUACUAUUUUUCCUAUUCGCCUGCUUAGGAAAUCUCACAUACGUGCUUUCCAUAUUUGCCUAUGAGCCUCACUGUGUGGGAGACCGAUGUGAGCCCGGCGAGGCAGCGAAAAUCUAUGGAAGGUACAUACUUGUCAACGCAUCGUGGUUGGCUGGUAGUCUAGGGACCUUGUUCCUGGACCUGGGCAUAUUCGCCCAGUUCUUCAUCUACAGCGGGGACGAGUCAACGGUUGUAGAUGUUGAAGCCAUCGAAGAGGGGUACUCUAGUGACGAAGAACAGCGACUUGACGACCGACCACUCCUACAACGGUCUAGCUCAGGUCUUCCUUAGAAGAAGGACAUGGCUGUCCUCGACUCCUCGUACUAACUAACACCUGCAUACCUUGGAGAUUUCAAAAGGAGUUUGGAUCGGAAAGGAAAAGGCUAUGGGAGUUAGAACUCGAGCAUACAAACUACAUUUCCUCUGUAAGCAUGAUUCAUAAUUCUGUAUGGGUUGGUUGGCGGCAAAAUGGGUGCAUUGAAUAGAACAAACCACUCCUGUCUUAAGCGAUUAAAAGGGGAGCUUGAUAUGUAAUACAUUACUUUACAAAUAUACGUGAUAAUCUAGCUCAAUACUUAUUCGCUGUUUACUAGUAAAA